GUCAUAUCGUGAAUAAUGACGUGACGUGUAGGUAAUCCCAGCCAGGUAUCUUUUUGAAAACGUCUGCGAUACACAUCGACAUACGGUGAAUAUAUUAAAAUAUUAUCAAUACAUCGAUUCGAUAAGGAUAUUAUCGCCCAUAGUCCACGUCACAACUGUACAUUAACAGUAUUUAACAAUGUUGAGGCUACUAUUCUUGGCUGCAUUCUUGCAGUGCACUAUAUCUCAACAAUAUCAGCAAAAAGUUGCUCCCGGAGUGCCUCCACAGAAUUACCAGAACUAUCAGCAACCCCCGCCGCCGCCCCCACCGCAACAACAACAAUACCAACAACAACAGCAACAGCAAUACCAACAGCCUCCCCCGCCCCCCCAGCAGCAGCAACAGUACCAGCCCCCGCCCCCGCCCCCGCAGCAACAACAGCAACAGUACCAGCAGCCGCAGCAACAACAGCAACAGUUUCAACAACCGCCACAGCAACAACAACAUGGGCAUGCUCAUCAUGGAGAUCCUCAGCUGUUGAACCCGGCCAACAUAGCCCAGGAGAGAGACCACAUCCAAGAGCACAUGGAGGUACCGAUCGACACAUCGAAGAUGUCGGAACAAGAGCUGCAGUUCCACUACUUCAAGAUGCAUGACGCCGACAAUAAUAACAAGUUGGACGGCUGUGAACUCAUCAAGUCGCUUAUUCAUUGGCACGAAGGUGGACAAGGCACAGGGAUGGUGUACAAAGAUUCUGAUUUAGAAGAAAUGGUAGAAGGCGCUUUGAAGCAGACGGAUACAAACAAUGAUGGUUUCAUUGAAUAUUCUGAAUUCAGAGCCGCCACCGAACCUGGUGCUAAAUAGAAGAACUGACAAAUAAGACGAUUGUCUAACAAGUUUCAUAAUAUAAAAUAUCUUAAGCCUUUUUUUGACAAAAUGGCGUCGACUGAAAUUUCUAUUUUUAUAGGGCAAGUGACCCGGUUGUGGCCAUCGACCCCUUUGUGGCCACUUGGGCUUUCAAAUAUUUAUAACUAAGGCAUGGACAAAUAAAUUACUCUGUUAUGUACAGUAUUUAAAAUAUUGAAUAUUGGAGACACUGAUACC